CGCACCAUUCGCUGUGGGAACUCGGGGAGCCGCGUAGCCCAGAAUCCGGGGCGGAGGACAGUGGCUUCUCUAGAAGGACGUGAAAACUCCCGGUAACCAUAGGUGACACGUUCGGUGGCCUGGGAAAGUCAGCAGUGAGCCGUGCAGUGGCGGGAACAGCAGCCCAGCGGCCCUGGAACCUCCCAGGUCUCACAUUGCUCAGUUGGACCUGCUCACCUGUGCAGCCGAACAAACCCCCUGGCUGGAGAAGAGAGAGGAGACGGCAGCAAAGGAUCCAGGCUACUCAUGUCCCAGCUGUUCUGACUUCCUGUUUCCUGCUCCAUCCUUGAAGACCUCAUCCCAAACGUUUCAUUAUACCCUUUCUGCGUCCACAAUCCCUCUGCAGCAGAGAGAUUUCUAGUCUCGGUGCUUCUCUACGCUCCAUGUGCUACUAUCUUGAUGUAAAAUGUCAAGAAGAGUUCCAGUCUUUGGUCUUAAGACAGAAACUCAGAGAAGAGCAACAGGGCAAAUGGCUGCUUCUCCAAUAAAUGCUCCACAGGAUCUGUUGACAUUCAGAAAUGUGGCUGUGGACUUCUCUCAGGAGGAAUGGGAUUGUCUAGAUUCUUCUCAGAGGGCUCUCUACAUGGAUGUAAUGCGGGAGAAUUAUAGCAAUCUAGUUUUUGUAGAGAACCAUUGUAUAUGUGGUAAAUAUGAGAAUGUCUUGGAUCAAGACCCAAAGCAUGUUGUUCAUCAGCAUAUGUAUAUACAAGAGAAGUCUCACAAAUGGUAUGAGCCUGGCAAAAUGGUUCAUAAAUCCUCCCAAUGUAAAACUUCUGACACAAGUGAUACUAUACAAAGCUGCAAGAAUUAUGAAAAUGGUAGCCACAGGGAUACUUCUACUGAGUUAUCAAACCUAAAGAGACAUGAAAGUGGAAGCACCGUAAAAGAGCAAUACAAAUAUAAAGAUUACGGGAAGUGUUUAAGCUUGUGUUCCACAAUCAGUCAAUAUCAACGGAUCCACACUAGAAAGAAAGAACACAAAAAUACAGAAUGUGAUGAAUUUCUUGACUCUAAACAUGAACACACAAUUGAACAAAUCCAUAAUGGAGAGAAAGCAUAUCAAUGCAGGAAAUGUGGAAAGUGCUUCCGGACCUAUUUGAGACUCAGUAAACAUCAGAGAACUCAUCCUGGAGAGAAACCCUAUAAAUUUAUAGAAUGUGAUAAGUCCUUUCUGAAUUUGUCACACCACAAGGUACAUUACAAUAUCUAUCAUGGAGGAAAACCCCGCAAAUGUACAGAGUGUGGCAAGUGCUUUUAUAAUUCAUCAGGCUUUAAAAGACGUUGCAGAAUCCACACUGAAGAGGAGACUUACAAAUGUAAAAAUUGUAGAAAAUCCUUUAUCUGUUGCUCUGGUCUUAGAAAACAUCAGAAAAUUCGUGGAAGAGAGAGGCCUUAUAAAUGUAAACAAUGUGGUAAGUCCUUCUAUACUUUGUCACACCUUGAAUACCAUUGCAGAACCCAUAGUGGAGAGAAACUUUACAGAUGCAAUGAAUGUGGCAAAUCCCUUUCUACCUCCUCAGGUCUUAGAAAACAUCAGAGAAUUCAUACAGGAGAGAAAAUUUACAAAUGCAAUGAAUGUGGCAAAUCCUUUACCUUCCGCACAUCUCUUAGACUACAUCAAAGAAUUCAUACAGGAGAGAAACCUUACAAAUGCAAUGAAUGCGACAAAUGCUUUAUCCAGAAAGUCAACCUUAGAACACAUCAGGUAAUUCAUACAGGAAAGAAACCUUUCAAAUGUAGUGAAUGUGAGAAAUCCUUUACCGUUGGCUCUGGUCUUAGAAGACAUCAAACAGUUCAUACUGGAGAGAAACCUUAUAAGUGUAAUGAAUGUGGGAAAUCCUUCACAAUUGUCUCAGAUCUUAGAAAUCAUCAGAAAAUUCAUACUGGAGAGAAACCUCACAAAUGCAGUGAAUGUGGGAAAUCCUUUAUCUGGAAAGCUGAUCUUAGAACUCAUCAGAAAGUCCAUACAGGAGAGAAACCUUACAAAUGUGAAUGUGGAAAAUCCUUUACCACUGGCUCAGGUCUUAGAAGGCAUCAGAGAAUUCAUACAGGAGAGAGACCUUACAAGUGCAAUGAAUGUGACAAAUAUUUUGUCCAGAAAACCAACCUUAGAAGACAUCAGAGAAUUCAUACAGGAGAGAAACCUUACCAUUGUAGUGAAUGUGGGAAGUCCUUUAACACUGACUCAUAUCUUAGAAUACAUCAGAAAAUUCAUACUGGAGAGAAACCUUACAAAUGUAACGAAUGUGACAAAUACUUUAUCCAGAAAGCCAAACUUAGAAUACAUCAGAAAAUUCAUACAGGAGAGAAACCUUACAACUGCAGUGAAUGUGACAAGAGCUUCAACCAGAAAGGCAAUCUUAUAACUCAUCAAAGAAUUCAUACAGGAGAGAAACCUUACAAAUGUAGUAAAUGUGAGAAAUCCUUUGCCAUUGGCUCAGUUCUUAGAAAACAUGAGAAAAUUCAUACUAGAAGAAACCUUACCAGUGCAUUGAAUGUGACUAAUCCUUUAUCCAGGAAGCCAGGCUUAGAACUCAUCAAGGAAGUCAUACAAGAGAGAACCUUAUAAGUGCAGUGUAUAUAGCAAAGUCUUUACCCACCCUUAAGAAAACAUAAGAAAAUUCAAACUGGAAUCCAAUGUUUCCAUAUUAAAUAAUAUGGCUUAUAAUUUAUUCAAGCUCUGUCCUUAUGGACCAAUGCAGGGUCCACAAAAGAGAAUCAGUAUGAACAUGAGAAACUUGUGGAAGCUUUUAAGUCAUGUUCAAAAUCUUAGAAAAAAAAUCAAGACUUUAUAUUGAGGAAAAAUUCUGAAUAUGUCACAUUAUAGGAAACUUUUUUUAAAAACAUUUUACUUUUUCAACCACAAAUGCUUCAUACUGAAGACAAAAUGGGGAAGUCUGUAGAAUGUGCUGUUGUAUCUGGAGACUGAAGCAUUCCAUCCAGAGGAAAUAAACCAUUCAUAAUUGAUUCAAGAAGUUUCUGAAACUGACAAGGUUCACUAUGCUUAAUUCCAUUGAAGAAACUUGUAUCAGUCUUGCUGCUUCGAAGAGGGUUUGAUGAGUUGAGCCAGUAAGAUACGGUGCCCUUUAACAUGUAGAUAUGCAUGUAGUUGUGUAGUAUGCUGUGGGUAUCCAGCUUUCAAAAGCUGUAUUUCAUGCUGCCUUGGAGUUUUGUGAUGGCAACUAUCUUUGAGUAAACUUCACUCUUGUAACCAACUCCAGUUCUGUAUUUAUAUAAGUAAAUAACCCAAUAAAAUCCAUUGGUUUAACAAGAUGGAUUUCAGUUGAAAGCACACUUGGUUCUGUGGUCAGUUCCCAUUUUGACUUAUUGGGUGCAUAUGAAUUUGUCUCUCCUCAGGAAAAGUCUCUCAUACAACAUUUGCUGAAUGUAUUAAUUGUUCCUCCAAACUUGUACACCAGAAAAUUAAUGUUAAAGAGAAAGUAUUUGAGUCUACUGAAGAAGGAAAGCUUACUACUCAAGUAGUAAGCUUCAGGCUUACUACUAUGAUAGUACAUGGUUCCAUUGAAAGGGCUCAACACAGACAGAAUGUAGAUUAGGGAGGCUAAGAAAGAAGGCCAUUCUCCCUUGCAUUCAUGGAAGAGAGUGAGAGAUCAGCAGUGGGACACAUGAAAAUAUAUGUACAAACCUGUGUUAUUGACAGACAUCAUCCAAACAGGGCUGUGUCUGUGCAUGACUCUGAAAUCAUGCUUAGAUUCCAUGAUUCUGUCAAGCUCCAGUGACCCUCAGAGCACUGCUGUCCGUGGGUAAAUAAUGAACACCAUUGUGCUAGCCUUGUGUCCUGUUGUACCUUAGAAAUACUACUCUACAAGCCUAAACAAAUGAAUCAAAUUCCUUUUCUUAAAUUCUUUACAUGAUGCUAAUAUUGUAGACAUAUCAGAAAAUUCAGCAUUAAAUAAAACUCAAGAAAAUACUUGAAUAAAAACAUAUUCAGCCAGGCAGUGAUGGCAUAUACUCUUCUUUAAUCCAGCACUUGGGAGGCAGAGGCAGGCAGAUCUCUAUGAGUUCAAGGUCAGCCUUGUCUACAAAGCAAGUUUCAUGAAAUCUAGGACUUACUUAAACAAAGAAACCCUGUCUCGAAAGAUAGUAAGACAUAUUAAGCUUAAUUUUAUGUAUAAAUCCAUCCAUACAAAUAUUAAGAGUCUACAGAGCUUCAAAAAGAUGACCUAUGAGCAAGAGAAAGUGUGCAUGCUCAUAUUCAGCUUAGAAAUCCCCAAGGGUGUGCCCUUGAUUAAUUGUGUUUGUACAGCUCAUUUUAAAAUAUACUUUAUAAUUAAGAAAUACAGGUUGGUAGAUAGUCAUCUAUAAUAGUCAAGUGUUUAAUCAAGUUAAGUUUUAUAGGUGCACAGAGAUAUAUUUAAGGUGGAUAGGUAUUCUUCAAACCUUUCAAAGAUGUACAGAAUAUGGAAUUUACAAUGUUUUAAGAACGUAUGACUUUAUAUGACAAUGAGACACAUCUGCUUCUGGCAUCUCUAAUCUACUUCAAGAGGAUGAUGGACAUCAAAGAGGCUCCUUAUGGAGUUUUUUAGCCAUUUGGACAAGAAAAUGUUCUUGCCUGGACUGCUUGAUGGUAUGCUAUGUGAACUGGACAUGCAGGAUACACAGAAAAAUGACUAUUGAACUUGCCUAAAGAUGAGACAAUCCUUCAAGAUUCUUCUACAUGAAAGGCCUACCAAACAUUUUGCAGGACACAGAAAAAAGCAUCUAAUGAACUUUGUCAUAACAGGGCAAAACAUCUUCAAAUUUUCUGUUUCAUGGAAAAUUUAGCCAGAUAUUAUGGCCUGAAGUCUGAAGAUGGAUGCCCCCAAAUUACAGAAGAACUUUGGGUGACUGUACAGGCAGCAAGAUGUCUGUCAAUUCUAAAGCUUUGGAAGUUGGUUAUAAUGCACUUCGUCUCUACUUAGGUAAUAUAUCCUUCUGAAGUCUUUGAUGGAGUUGAAGACAAAAGUCAUAGUAUUCCUUAGUUAUGAUAAAAAUAAAUGAAUUUAAAUUCACAAAGAUAGGAUAGAAAAUAUUUUCCUUGAUUUCCCAAAUGUAAAAGGACAGAAUAUUGUGGCCAUAAUUCUUGCUUGAGCUGUUUUUAUAUGUAAUUUUCAUAAGCUAAAGUUAAAACAUUCCUUUUUAUUUAGACAGAAAAGGAGAAAUGAUGUGGGAUUCCCAUCUGUAUGCUGUGAAUAUGUAUAAUUACCAUUGGUUAAUAAAGAAACUGCUUUGGCUUGUAGAGGGGCAGAAUAUACGCAGGAUGAGAGAGAUAGAGAGAGAAAGUAGGCAGAGUCAGGGAGAUGCCAUGUAGCUGCCAAAGGAGACAGAUGCAAGAUCCUUAACAGUAAGCCACAACCAUAUGCCAAUAUAUAUGUUAAUAAACAUGGGUUAGUUUACAAUAUAAAAGUUAGCUAGUAAUAUGCCUGAAUCAUUGGCCAAGUAGUGUGGUAAUUAAUAUAGUUUCUGUGUGAUUAUUUUGGGUCUGGGCAGCUGGGAUAUGAAUAGGCAUCCUCCUACUACAUGGAGUCAAUUCACAUAUCAAAAGACACAGGCAAAAAGAAAAAAAGUAAAGAAAAGAAAGAAACACAUAAACAGAAGGACCUUUUACACCAUUGUUUGUCAUAGCCAGAACCUGAAAACAACCUAAAUGCCC